CUAGACUGCAAGGGCAAGCAGUGCAGGAAGCACACGCCUCACAAGGUGACCCAGUACAAGAAGGGCAAGGAUUCGUUGGCUGCGCAGGGAAAGCGUCGUUACGACCGUAAGCAGUCCGGGUACGGUGGUCAGACCAAGCCCGUCUUCCACAAGAAGGCAAAGACGACGAAGAAGGUCGUGCUCCGGCUAGAGUGCACGGUGUGCAAGUACAAGAUGCAGCUCUCCCUGAAGCGUUGCAAGCACUUCGAGCUUGGUGGUGAGAAGAAGACGAAGGGUGCUGCGCUCCAAUUCGUGAGUAUCCCCCUCUACCCACUCGUCCGUACGACCUUCGUGCUCAUUCUUUGUGCAGUAAUCGUCUUCGCAUCGUAUCCUUGUCCUUGUCUCGCCAUCCGUAUUAUCACUGCCACUAUCUACCAUCCGCGCAUUAUGUAG